AUGGCGGAAGAAACGAGCCCUUUGUUGAAGCAGCCCGCGAGUACACCAUCUUAUGCGACGACGGGUGCCGAUGUCGAACGACCGGAAUCUACGCCCGCCGACGAUGCGGACAGCGCAAAACAGGCCGUUAAUAUACCUGCCAUCGUGUUACCUCUCGCCGUUGGCGUUUUCCUCGCGGCAAUGGACCAGACGAUAGUUGUUUCCUCCUAUGCGUCGAUUGGGACCCAGUUCAACCAGCUACAAAAUACCAGCUGGAUUGCGACGGGGUAUAUGCUCACCGUGGUCAGCUUUCAGCCGCUCUACGGAAAACUGAGCGACAUCUUUGGCCGGAAAGGCUGCCUGCUCACGGCAUACUCAGUCUUUGCAGUGGGAUCACUCUUCUGCGGGCUGGCGCGGAAUAUGAACGAGCUUAUAUUUGCCCGUGCUCUGGCUGGGAUGGGAGGCGGGGGAAUAUCGACCAUGGGCUCGAUUAUCAUGUCGGAUGUGGUGCCUCUGCGGUCGCGAGGUACCUGGCAAGGUGUUAUCAACAUCAUCUUUGCUACCGGCCAAGCCACAGGCGCACCCCUAGGCGGCAUACUUGCGGACAGCAUCGGAUGGCGAUGGGCUUUCCUGAUCCAAGUACCCCUAACCGUCUCCGCGAUCCUCUCCGCCGGCCUCGCGCUCAACCUGCCCCGGCGCGAAGGCGGCGACUUCUACCAGAAGCUCAAGCGCGUUGACUUCGGGGGCGCCGCGACGCUCGUCUCCGCUGUCUUCCUCCUCCUCCUCGCGCUGGACCGCGGCGGGAACGUCGCCUGGACCGACACGCUCACCCUCUCCUGUCUCGGCUCCUCGGCGCUCUUCUGGCUCGCCUUCGCGUUUAUAGAGCUCGAGUACGCGAAGGAGCCGUUCGCCCCGAAGCGCAUUGUGGUAUCGCCCAAGCUCAUUGCGAGUUAUCUGGUGAACCUUUUCGGCGUGAUGAGUAGUAUGUGUUUGGUGUACCAGAUCAGUCUGUAUUUCCAGGCGGUGCGCGGGAUGAGCGCGAGUCAGGCAGGCGUGGGCUUGUUGCCGAGUAUUCUGGCGGGCGUGGCAGGGAGCCUCGCUGGGGGCUUGAUUAUGCAGGCGACCGGGAGAUAUUACGUGUUGACGAUAUGCAUGUAUGUUUGUAUGCUCGCGGGGACGAUCGUCAUUGCUCUUGUCACGGGGACUGUCGUGCACUCGUUUGUGGGCAUCAUGAUAGGUGCCGGGAUUACGACCACCCUCAUUGCUUUGAUCGCAAACGCGGGGCCAGAAGACCAGGCUAUCGCGACAGCAGUUUCGUAUCUCUAUCGUUCAUUGGGCUCCGUCAUGGGCAUAUCCAUAGGCAGCACCCUUGUACAGGACCGCUUGCGCAACCUCCUCCGUAUCCGCCUCGCCGGCGAAGACAUCGAUAUCGACGAGAUUGCUCGCCGCGUACGCGAAUCUCUGGCGUACGUGGACAAGCUGCAGCCCCGGAUUCGGGCGAUCGUGCGGCAGUCGUACGACGAAGCGGUGCCCGCUGCGUUCUGGUUCUCGGUCGCGACGGGGAGCGCAGCGCUGAUUGCGACGUUCUUUAUCAAGGAGAAGGUUUUGCCGAAGACUGGGCGCCCGUAG